AUGGAGAUGUACACUUCGUGGCUCGGUGUGGGAAACGCCGGUGGUACCAGCAGAGAGGUGGAGGGCUGGGACCGGAACGAGGUGGACGAGUCUCCUGCAGGGGGCUCCGGAGUGCGGCAAUGGGGGCGCUUUCCCAAAGAUCUCCGUCAUCGGAGGCUAUGGAUCGAAGCCAUAAAACCCGGUCAACGCGACUGGGAACCGGCGAAGUCGGCUUGUGUGUGCUCAAAACACUUUGCACUUGAACACUUCAAUCGGGCGUCGCCGCUGGUAGUUCGCCUCCACGAGGAUGCCGUCCCUGCCCCGACACCCCUUUCACAGCAGCGAGGAGGUGGUGCAGGUACCGCUGCGACUGCUCAGCAGGAUACCCAGCCAGAAAUGACAGCCCUGAGUAGCCCUCCUGGAGCCUCUCCGCAGCAACAGGGACCUAUGGAUUUAAGUGAAAUCCCAGAGACCCCGCCAGGCCUAUCACAACAGGAACCUGUGGAUGUCGCUGACAGCGAGGAGUCUCUGCCGAGCCUAUCACAACAGGAGCCUAUGGAUGUUGCUGACAGCCAGGAGACUCUGCCAGACCCAUCACAACAGACGAUCCAACCAGCCACUGCACUGAACGUCGUGCCUGACCAGUCAUACCUUCUCUCACAAAUGAAAUACUUGGUGCGCGAGGAAGUGGCUCGUCAGCUUUCUCUACUGCCUUUUGCUGAAAGCCAAGAGCUCUCACAGCAACAGCCGCUGCGGCAGCCAGCCCCAUUGGCUGCCGUGCUCAAACAUGUACUUCAAGAACAGAAUUCCUAG